AUGACCUACCGCACCACUAUGGACCUUCUCUUCAAAUCAUGCACUUUCAUCCCCAACUAUGAGUGUGGCAUUCAGAAAGGUCUCAUAGGAAUCGUUGGUGGACUUGGUUUGGACACCUCCUCACAUGUGGCAGAUCUUUCCAGCCUUUACAAGAUUCCACAGAUUUCUUAUGGAUCAUUUGAAUCAGCACCAAAGGAUCAAACAAAUUUCCCUCCUUUUUACCGUAUGAUAGCCAAUGAGGCCCUUCAGUACAUAGGAAUUGUCCAGCUACUUCUGCAUUUCAGGUGGAAAUGGGUUGGGCUUUUCAUAAAGGAUGAUGAAAGUGGAGAACAUUUCUUGCAGACAUUGGAGUCGAAGUUUUCCAAGAAUGGAAUCUGUACAGCUUUCAUAAUAAGGAAUCAAGUAAAUGUGCAUUUUGAUAGUAUGUUACACGUGCUCCAAGACUCUUACAGUAAUACUUCAGAUUUAGUAGAAAGUACAGCCAAGGUAGUUGUUGUCUAUGGAGAGACAGCCACCAUUAUGCGGCUGGCAUGGAUUAUAUGGAUGCCCAUAUUAAUGGCACCAGUACCAGAGUCACGUUAUUUGGAGAGGACCUCUUCAGGAAGGGUAUGGAUUGUGACUGCCCAGAUUGAUUUCGCUUUCGAUAUGUUGCAAAAGACUUUUGAUAUGCAAAUGUUCCAUGGUGCUCUUUCUUUCACAAUUCAGAAAAAUAAGAUCCCAGGUUUCCAAAUAUUUCUUCAGAGUAUCUAUCCUGCCUUGGCAAACAAGAAUGGUUUUAUCAAAGACUUCUGGGAACAAGUCUUCCAUUGUGCAUUUUUGGAUUCCAUUGGCACAACCGACUUUGAUGAAACGUGUACUGGAGAUGAGAGAGUGGAAAGUGUUCCAGCACCUUUUUUUGAAAUGAGUAUGACUGGCCACAGCUACAGUAUCUAUAAUGCUGUCUACGCUCUGGCACAUGCAUUACAUAUGAGGGACACAUCAAGAACCAGGCACAGAGCAAUUAAAUAUGGGGACAGACUGGGUACUCUAAAUUUGGAGACCUGGAAGAUUCACUCGUUCCUUCAGAAGAUCUCUUUUAACAACAGUGCUGGAGAUGAAAUUCAGUUUAAUGAGGAUGGGGAACUAGUAUCUGGAUUUGAUAUAACAAACUUGAUUACUUUUCCAAAUAACUCCUAUACCCGAGUGAAAGUUGGAAUGCUGGAUCCUCAGGCUCCUUUAGAGAAAGAGCUCACCAUUGAUGAGGACAAAAUCAAGUGGCACAAAUUCCUCAUUCAGGUUCCUCCCAUUUCUCUGUGCAAUGACUUCUGCCAUCCUGGUAACAGCAGGAAAAAGAAAGAGGGGGAGAAAUUUUGCUGUUAUGAUUGUGUUUCAUGUCCUGAAGGGAAGAUAUCGAACCAGGAAGACAUGGAUUGCUGUAUUGCUUGCCAAGAAGAUCACUAUCCAAACAAGGGACAAAAUCAAUGCAUUCCUAAGAUUAUGAGUUUUCUAUCCUCACAAGAAAAUACGGGGAUAAUUUUAGAGUUUUUGUCUCUUUUCUUUUCUUUGAUCACGGCUCUGGUGCUCCUCAUCUUUCUUAAGUACCAGGACACUCCCAUAGUCAAAGCCAACAACAGAAGCCUCACCUACAUCCUACUUGUCUCUCUCCUUCUUUGCUUCCUCUCUUCACUGCUCUUCAUUGGACAGCCUAACAAGGUGACCUGCCUCUUCCGACAAGCAGCUUUUGGCAUCAUCUUCUCAGUGGCUGUUUCUUCAGUAUUGGCAAAAACCAUUAUUGUAGUGGUGGCUUUCAUGGCCUCUAGACCAGGAAACAUUUUCAGAAACUGGAUGGGGAAAAGACUGGCACAUUUGAUUGUCUUUGUAUGUUCUCUCAUUCAAAUAAUCAUCUGUGUUAUGUGGCUGAGUUCUUCUCCUCCAUUUCCAGAUUUGGACAUGAAGUCACUGACUGAAGAAAUCAUAAUAGAAUGUAAUGAAGGGUCAGUCAUCAUGUUUUAUUGUGUCUUGGGCUACAUGGGGUUCUUGGCCACUUUCAGCUUCACUAUGGCUUUUCUAGCCAGGAAGUUACCUGAUACUUUCAAUGAAGCCAAGUUCAUUACAUUCAGCAUGUUGGUCUUUUGCAGUGUUUGGCUCUCUUUUGUCCCAACCUACUUGAGUACAAGAGGGAAAGAUAUGGUGGCUGUGGAAAUCUUCUCCAUCUUGGGCUCCAGUGCUGGGUUACUGGGUUGCAUCUUUUUACCCAAAUGCUAUAUCAUUAUCCUGAGACCUGAUCUGAACAGCAGAGACCUUCUAAAAAGGAAUAAGAAUUAA